AGCCGAACAAUUCCAUUCGUUAAACUCAACCUCCAACCUCUUUUACACAAACACCAAACCAAAAACCCCAAACCACCACACACACCUUCAAAAUGCGUGCUGCUGCUGUCAUCGCCAUCUUCGCUGCCACCGCCAUGGCUCAGACCGGCGGCCAUGCCUCUCCCACCAACGGCACCAGCGUCACCCACACUGGCAAGCCCACCACCACUCCUACCUCCGGAGCCAACUCUCUGUCUCAGAACAUCCUCCUCGGUGUCGGUGCCGCUGCCGUCCUCGCUGCCAACCUCUAAGCGACUCGGGCCCCUUGCUUGGCUUUCCACUGCCUUGAGGAUCUAAGGCGUGUGUUGUGAGCUUUUCAGGAACCGGGAGGAACAAGGAAUCGGAGGGAUGGGGAACCAAAAAAGAGGAAGAACAAUUUAGUUCGUCGACAUAGAAGGUCACAUCUUGGAAGCGCUACUGUACAUCGACAUGGUAUCACUCGGGAUGUGAAAGUCAGAAAUUCCCAGCCUUGAUCCUCUUUUCCCGGAGCCGGCGUGUCCGGGGCCGCAACACUAACCGGGUCCUCCGUCAACGAACACACAAAUUCCACGGCUGGCUCGGGGGAAAGGGGAUCUUUGGCGCGGCGACCUUUUUUUGUGCUUCUCUUCUCUUUUAAUUUCUCUUUCCGCAAAAGAACUUUUUUCAUUUUCAUCUUUUUGCUACUUCUCGACUUUUGCAUAAAGUGCGACACCAUCUAGAGGUGUCUGCCCCGGGAAAGAUGGCGUUUCUACAAUUUCUGGAAUUGGAAAUAAUUGUGUGCUUUUUGUUUGUUAUUGUGUGAUGCGCCGGCAGAUGUGAUACGAAAUUCAUUCUUCUGACUGGACUGUUUUGGUCGAUUUUAGGAGGGGAGGGGGAGAGAUGGGAAGGAAACUCGUCGGUUUGUGCGAGAGUUGGAAAUUUUCUUUGGAUCCGCCGAAAACAGAUAAUAGUAAUUAAUGCAAAAGGCAAUUCCUAGAAAAAAAACC